GUACAUAGCAGAACCCACACUGGGGAGAAACCCUAUGAAUGUUUGGAGUGUGGAAAAACUUUCAGCAGAAGAUGCACUUUAACCUUACAUAAUAGGAUCCAUACAGGGGAAAAGCCGUAUCAUUGCACAGUGUGCGGGAAGAGCUUCGCGCAAAAAGGCAAUUUCAAUUUACAUAAGAGCAUCCACACCGGAGAGAAGCCGUAUAAAUGCGCAGAGUGUGGGAAAUGCUUCAGGACCUCCUUUGAGCUUACUUCCCAUAAGAGGAUCCACACAGGAGAGAAACCCUAUGAAUGCCUGGAAUGUGGGAAAAGCUUUAGCAGCAGCUCUACUCUAACCGUACAUAAUAGGAUGCAUAAAGGGGAAAAACCUUAUAAAUGCCUGCACUGCGAAAAAAGCUUCAGUCAAAAAGGUCAUCUUAAGUCACACAAGAGGAUCCACACGGGGGAAAAACCAUUUCAAUGCAUGGAGUGUGGAAAGAGGUUCCAUUUCUCAGCAAACCUUACGGCCCAUCACCUGCAAUGUGGCAAGCGCUUUGCCCGUUCUCAUAGCUUUCAUGCCCGCGAACGGACCCACACAUGAGAAACCGUACAAAUGCCUGGAGUGUAGAAAGAGCUUCCGUAAAUCCAGCCACCUAAUGUCCCAUUGAAGUACCCACAGUGCAGAGAA